CGUGACAGGCUGCUGGCUGGCAACAAACAUCACGUUUUUGCUGUAUUGGAUGUUUUUUUGACAUGGAGCAAACCUAACUGCGACAUCGCGGAUCUUUAAUGAAACAUUUUACUAACAUGCAGUGAGACGUUACAACUGUUCUGUGUGGAUUUUAACGCUACGUGAUAAAAAACAAUGGCGGAAGUGGAGGAGGAUAGAAAAACAAGUGAGGAAUUCACAGAUGAAUCUGAGGAGGAGGACAGCGAGGAGGAGCCCAAGCUGAAGUAUGAGAGACUCUCCAAUGGGGUGACCGAAAUCCUCCAAAAGGAUGCAGCCAGCUGUAUGACCGUCCAUGACAAGUUUCUUGCCCUAGGCACCCAUUUUGGUAAGGUCUUCCUGCUGGACAUCCAAGGAAAUGUAACUCAGAAGUUUGAAAUUAGUUCAGUGAAGAUCAACCAGAUCAGUCUGGAUGAAAGUGGGGAGCAUGUGGGCAUCUGCUCUGAGGAUGGGAAGGUUCAAGUGUUCGGUCUCUAUACAAGAGAGGGCUUCCACGAGAACUUUGACUGUCCCAUCAAAGUGGUUGCAUUACACCCUCAGUUCACCAGAUCAAACUACAAGCAGUUUGUUACUGGGGGCAACAAGCUCCUCCUGUAUGAGAGGAACUGGCUGAAUCGGUGGAAGAUGUCUGUUCUGCAUGAAGGCGAGGGCUCCAUCACUAAUGUCCAGUGGCGAGCUAAUCUCAUUGCCUGGGCAAACAACGUGGGAGUUAAAAUCUAUGACAUCACCACCAAACAGCGAAUCACCAAUGUCCUGCGGGAUAAUGUCAGUCUGAGGCCUGACAUGUACCCGUGCAGCCUGUGCUGGAAGGACAACACCACUCUCAUUGUCGGCUGGGGAACAUCCAUUAAGAUUUGUGCUGUGAAAGAGCGAAAUCCUACGGAAAUGAGAGAUCUGCCCAGUCGCUAUGUGGAGAUAGUGUCUGCGUUUGAGAUGGAGUUUUUCAUCAGUGGCCUGGCACCACUGGCCGAUCAGCUGGUCACCUUGUUCUUCGUGAAGGAGAACUCUGACAAUAUGGACGAGGAGUUUCGUGCGCGACCCCGUCUCGACAUCAUCCAGCCUCUCCCCGAGAGCUGCGAGGAAAUCUCGUCCGACGCGCUGACCGUGCGGCACUUCCAAAACAACGAGUGCAGAGACUAUCGCCUGGAGCAUUCGGAGGGAGAGUCGCUCUUCUACAUCAUCAGUCCCAAAGACAUCGUCGUGGCCAAGGAGCGAGACCAAGACGACCACAUCGAUUGGCUGCUUGAGAAGAAGAAAUAUGAGGAGGCACUGAUGGCUGCGGAGAUCAGCUUCAAGAACAUAAAGAGACACGAUGUUCAGAAAAUCGGGAUGUCGUACAUCAAUCAUUUAGUGGAGAAAGGAGACUACGACAGCGCGGCGAGGAAGUGUCAGAAGGUGCUCGGCAAAAACAUGGAACUAUGGGAAAAUGAAGUGUACAGGUUCAAAACCAUCGGGCAACUGAAGGCCAUCAGCCAGUAUUUACCCAGAGGAGAUCUGCGUCUCCGACCAGCCAUCUAUGAGAUGAUCUUGCACGAGUUCCUCAGAACGGAUUAUGAGGGUUUUGCCACACUGGUCAGAGAAUGGCCCGGAGAACUUUACAAUAACAUGGCCAUCGUUCAGGCCGUCAACGAUCACCUGAAGAGGGAUCCCGCCAACAGCACCCUGCUCACCACACUGGCUGAACUGUACACGUACGACCAGCGCUAUGACAGAGCCUUAGAAAUCUACCUGAAGCUGAGGCACAAGGACGUUUACCAGCUGAUCCACAAACACAAUCUUUUCUCAUCCAUAGAGGACAAGAUCGUACUUCUCAUGGAUUUUGAUAAAGAGAAAGCUGUUGACAUGCUCCUCGACAAUGAAGACAAGAUUUCAACAGACAGGGUGGUCGAAGAACUCACAGACAGACCUGAGCUUCUACAUGUGUAUCUGCAUAAAUUAUUCAAGCGGGACCACCACAAAGGCCAGAAGUACCACGAGAGGCAGAUCGGCCUGUAUGCCGAGUACGACCGACCGAAUCUCUUACCUUUCCUGAGAGACAGCACGCACUGCCCGCUGGAAAAGGCUCUUGAGAUUUGUCAGCAGAGGAACUUCGUAGAGGAAACCGUCUUCCUGCUCAGCAGGAUGGGGAACUGCAGACGAGCUCUGCAGAUGAUCAUGGAGGAGCUGGUGGACGUGGACAAAGCCAUAGAGUUUGCGAAAGAGCAGGAUGAUGCAGAACUAUGGGAGGAUCUCAUCUCCUACUCUAUAGAUAAACCGCCUUUCAUUACUGGUCUGCUUAAUAACAUUGGUACUCAUGUGGAUCCCAUCCUGCUCAUCCAUCGCAUUAAGGAAGGCAUGGAGAUCCCAAACCUCAGAGAUUCACUUGUAAAAAUCCUUCACGACUACAAUCUACAGAUCAUGUUGAGAGAAGGUUGUAAGAAGAUCUUGGUGGCCGACUCUCUCUCCCUGCUCCAGAAAAUGCACCGGACACAGAUGAGAGGAGUCCGAGUCGAUGAUGAGAACAUUUGUGAGUCGUGCCAUGCGACAAUAUUACCGUCAGACAUGGCCAAACUCUUCAAUGUGGUGGUUUUCCACUGCAGACACAUGUUUCACAAAGAAUGUUUACCAUCUCCAGGGAUGAUUCAUGGAGUCCAGUUUUGUAACAUCUGCAGUGCGAAGAGACGAGGGCCAGGAAGUGGAAUACUAGAAAUGAAAAAGUAAUAAAGAUUUAUGCACUCGCAAUGUAUUUAUUGACACUUUAAUCUUGCUCCCUGUUGCUUCCCCGUCUACUGUCUGUGCACUGAUCAAUAAAUAUCACUUUCCCUCAGUCGCUGAAGUGUACACUUACAAAAAUGCAAAAACUUUUAUUUUGGAUUGUCUGUAUAUUUAAGUCUAACAACUCCAAAGUAUUGUACUUGUUGUGUUUGCCGCUAAUGUGAUUUGUUGAUGAAAUGUCUGCAGCAUCUGAAAAAUAAAAUCACAUAAACACA